AGUUUGGAACGCGUAACCGUUAAAACGUACAGACCUCUUGGAGCGGAAGUUUCAAGUAUUUCUGGGCCAUAUUGAAUACAUUUAGCGCGCAUUGAAUAUUUGAAUAUAUACAUAUAUUGUUUUUUUUUGCGGAACGAACAUGCAGCGAUUCGAAGUGUGCAGUAUCCUAAUCCUGGCCUGGAUUUCCUGUGGACAUGCCCUGGCCGUGGGCUCGCCGGAGUGCCCGGAAAAGUACGGCGUGCAGGCGUACGCCCACACGGAGAACUGCGACCAGUUCUUCCUCUGCACCAACGGCACCCUGACGCUGGAGACCUGCGAGAACGGACUGUUGUUCGACGGCAAGGGCGCCGUGCACAACCACUGCAACUACAACUGGGCCGUGGACUGCAAGGGCCGCCAGUGGGAUCCCACGCCCAUCUCGACGCCGGCCUGCGAGUACCAGUUCGGCCUGUACGCCGUCUCCAAGGACUGCUCCACCACGUACAUCAAGUGCGCCCACGGCGAGCCCCAUGAGCAGGACUGCGACGCCGGACUGGCCUACGAUGAGCGGAUCCACGGCUGCAACUGGCCGGAUCAGCUGCUGGACCACUGCAAUCCCGAGGCUGUCGUCGGCUUCAAGUGCCCCACGAAGGUGGACCCGAACUCGGUGGCCGCCCGCUUCUGGCCCUUCCCCCGCUUCCCGGUCUCCGGCGACUGCCACCGCCUGAUUACCUGCGUCGAGGGACAUCCCCGCCUGAUCAGCUGCGGCGAGGACAAGGUCUUCGACGAGCACACGCUCACCUGCGAGGAGCCGGAGUACGCCAGCGGAAGCUGCGCCAACUACGGCAAAUAGGGAUCGCCGAUCGACCGCUCUGUAUAUACAUCCCUGUGCACACGGACAUGCUACAGUGAAAACUCGAUUAUGUGAAUGUGUAAAUUAAAAAGAAAAAAAAAAAACUUCAACCUACGAGCUCUUCGCUACACACUAAUGUUUUCUAUUUUUCGAGUAUGCACUGUGUGCGUGUGUGUGUGUGUGUAAGGAUCGAUGCUCCCAGUAACCACUUUUGCCCCUCUGUAUAUCGCGUGCACUGUAAAAAACUUCCCAGCCCAACCGCUUGUUAACCUUCUUGCUUGUUAACCGACUCCUUUUUAUAGCCCACUUUUCUGUAUUAUUAACUUGUUUGUUGUUUGGUCUCUUUUGUAUAUGAAUCGCAAUAAAGUUAAUUUUAUUUAUUGUA